AUGUCAUCGGAUAAUAUUUCUAUAAUAAACUCUCAAACUUAUCCAGUACUUGUUCCUCGCUGGUUCUACGCGACAGAUAUACCGCUACGCGAUCCUAGUAAAAGUUUAAACCAGCCCACAGACAAAGACGAUAAAUACCCCAAAGUAUAUUUACCAUUUUCAAAAAGUGAUUCCAAUGCAUUAGAAGGAGCAUAUAUGUCAGGUGAAGCAGGAGUCAAAAUUGCAUGCAAUGAAGAUUGUUUGUAUGAAGUUGAUGUUGAUAGACGUGAACUUCUUCCUAUAUAUUGGAUUGGUCCGAUAUAUCUAGUCGUACGUGCAACAUGGUUUUAUGAAGAUGAUGGUGGAAUUUUUUUACCAUGUGAUGAAACACUGGCUGUACAAAUCGAAGAAGGUUAUAUAAAUGAAAAGGCAUGGAUUUCGUUAAUAAAUGAAUCAGAAGAAGAAGAAACCGAUCCGAAAUUUCCACAAUUAUCAGAGAAAAUUCAUAGAUUAAUUGAUGGAUAUGAAUCACAAUAUGUUAUUUAUACAAGCUCGUCAAUUGCAUGGUUAAUGAUUGAUGACUUGGCUGGAAAAUUUACAAAAAGUAUUUAUUCCAAGUUCACAAAUGGUGAAAAUUUAGGUGGAAUAAGAUUGAUCAGAGGUUUUAGUGAAGUGGUGAAAUUUAAGAAUAAAAAAUCAAUCAAAGAAUUAGAGAAUAAAAUAAAAGAAUCAAACUCACAAAAUAAGAAGGUUAAUUCUAUUAAGUUGAAUGAUGAAAAGUUUAAAGAAUUUAUUGAUUAUGAAGAAAUUGAGACACCAGAAGAUAAAAGAAAUAUAAAUCAUUUAAUAUUGAAUAAUGGUAAAGUUUCAUUCUGUGGACAUUCAUUAGGUUCAAUAUUAGCAUUUGAUGUGUUGUGCCAUCAACCACCAUUACCAAAAAUAUCAAAUAGUUAUGGUGUGUUUGAAGAAAAAAUAAUCAUAUCAGAAAAUAUCAAGUUAGAUUUUAAAGUAUAUAAUUUUUUUGCUGUUGGAUCACCACUUGGAGCAUUUUUAUUAUUAAAAGGAUUAAAGGUUGCUAAAAAAAAGUCGUCAAAAGAAUAUGAAGAGGAGGCAAAAGAAGAAAAUGUACGUCGCAGAGUAUUAGAUGAAGAAGAUAUAGAAGAAACGUUAAGGAAAAGUCAAGAUGAAGAAGGAGUAGAAAAGUUAGAAGGAAGUCAGGGUGAAGGAGCAAAAGAAGAAAGUGUACGUCAUAAAGUAUUAAAAGGUGAAGGUGAAGGUGAAGAAGAUACAGGAGAAACGUUAGGAGAAAGUCUAGAUGAAGGAGUAGAAAAGUCAGAAGAAAGUCAAGGUGAAAGAGCAGGUGAAGAUGGCUUAGAAAAGUUAGAAGGAAUUCAAGGUGAAGGAGGUGAAGAAGAUGAAGGAAAAAAUGGAUUGAUAAAAGGAAGUCAAGAUGAUGACAGCGAAGAAAGUAAGGAAGUAGAAGGGAGUGAGACAAUUGGAAGAAAAAUUAAAGAUAAUAAAAAACUUGUUAAAAGAUCUAAAAUACAUUAUUGCUAUCCUGCUGUAAGAAACAUUUACAAUAUAUUUUAUAAAGCAGAUCCAAUUGCAUAUCGUAUAGAACCAUUGAUAGCAAGGAAAUAUUCAUCUCAACUAAAGCCUGCUUUAGUACCGUAUUAUAAAGGUGGUUUAAAAGGAAUGCAAAUAGGAUUUCAAGAAUUUGGUUCAGGAAUAGCAAAUAAAGCAUCAAAUAUAUUUACCUCAGUUAAAUCAACAUUUAAAAAAGUUGUUGCCGCUGACAACAAUCAGCAAGAAAGGGCCAUAAAUACAGGGGCCAACAAAUUAAAGGGAUUAAAUAUUUCUGGUAGAGUUGAUUAUUCUCUUCAGGAAGGUGUUUUAGAUAUAAGUGUUAUUAAUGCACUAACUUGUCAUCAAAAUUAUUGGACAGAUAAUGAUUUUAAUCGUUUUAUUAUAAGAGAAAUCUAUAGGUAUGCUGAUGUAGAAGAAAAAGAUUUUUAA